AUGAAGGUGAAACAGGAGAAGCAGAAGGAUGAGGCAUCCUCCGUCUCGAAGAAAAAAAUUGCCAAGAAGGAAAAAAAAAAUGCUGUGAAGAGCGAACAAGGAGAAAAAGAGACCAAGGGAAAAAAGGGAAAAAAAGGCACACAAAUCAAAGGAGAAACGGACAAGGUUAAAGUUAACGUUAAAGACAAAGUAGCAUCGGUCUAUCCUCCCAUCCCCAAAAGCAUGGAUGACAGGUGGAGCGAUUUUCACCGAAUUAGGGAAUAUACUACAAUUACUAAUGUAUAUCUGGGGGCACACAUAUCCGCCGCUGGAGGAGUGCAGAACUCACCGGCAAACUGUUUCAACGUAGCCGGACAAGCCUUUGCAUUAUUUCUAAAAAACCAGAGGAAGUGGGACAGUCCUCCCUUGUCCCCUGAAAAUAUAAAACAAUUUGAGCAAAAUUGCAAAGCGUAUAACUUGGAUACACAGUUUAUUCUUCCCCAUGGGUCGUACUUAAUCAAUUUAGCCAAUCCAGAUUUGGAGAAAAGGGAGAAAUCUUAUGCCUCCUUCCUUGAUGACAUAAAAAGGUGUGAGCAGUUAAACAUCAGACUGUAUAAUUUCCAUCCCGGAUCGACAACAGGGAUGUGCUCCCUCGAGGAAGGAAUUCGAAAUGUCGCCGAUUGUAUUAAUCGCGUCCACAAAGAGACGUCCAACGUUGUCAUAGUCCUGGAAAACUCAGCUGGACAGAAAAACUCAGUGGGAUCCAAAUUUGAAGAUUUAAAAAAGAUUAUCUCUCAAAUUGAGGAUAAGUCAAGAAUUGGAGUCUGUCUCGAUACAUGUCACACAUUUGCGGCUGGAUAUGACAUCAGAUCUUACGACGACUUCGAUCUUGUGAUGAAGCAGUUUGACCAAAUUGUCGAUGCCAGCUACUUAAAGGCUGUCCAUCUUAAUGACUCCAAGUCUGACCUUGGCAGUGGCCUUGACAGGCAUGAGAACAUCGGCAAGGGGAAACUCACUUUGGACACUUUCAAAUAUGUAAUGACUUCUAAGUACUUUAAAAAUAUUCCCAUCAUUCUGGAGACCCCCGAUGUUACCAAUGAUGAGUCGGUCUAUAAAUACGAGAUAAGGUACCUCUACGAGAUGGUUGUGAAGGGGGAGGCGGAAAGGGCGGCGGAAGAGGACAGCCAAUCACGGGGUGAGGUGGUACAUUCGAAGUGA